AUGGCAGCCCGGAGAGUGGCUGUGCUGUUAUUUUGGCUGAGCUGCUGCGGCUCAGCGCUGUGGAGAUACUACACUAACAGCCCAGACUACCGCAUUUUCAGUACCAGAAGCACUAUUCAGUUAGAGUAUGAAGGAACAUUGUUUUCUGAGUGGAGUGUGCCAGCAACCUGUUCUGUGAAAAAUAAAAGCUCACCCACAACUGAACUGCGUUGUCCUUCUCCCGGUAUUCAGAUUAUUAGACCGAUUGUGAAAGGCCCAGUAAAAGAAGAACGCUAUUUAUUUGUGGACAAAUCUAAUACUUGCUUUCUGUGGUACUAUAAAGUCAUGUAAUUUUUUAAUCAUUUUACCCAUAAUCUCAUCAUAUGGGUAUACGACCCAGAAAAUGCAGACCCCAGUGAGCUGGUAUGGGAAGCAGAAUCGCCGUCACCAAAUUCCAUUAUGCUUAGCAAGCAGUUGACCACUUUGGGCCAGGAGCCAGUCGUCUAUACGUUUCUGAAGAGAAAAGUUUAUUUUUCACAUGAAAAACUGGACAAUGGGGCCUGGAGCGUCUAUCUACCAAUGCAAAAGGAUGACAUGCUAAAAGAGAUUAAGGGAAACCAGGUGUCUUUUCAAGAUUGCUUUAUUGCAAAUUAUUUUUUCCAGCUGAGUUUUUCUUUCGUGACAAUGCCUGAGAUUCCUGGCUUUUUACCCAUCACUUCACCACGUGGUAGACCAUUAAUGUCGACCUGGGAAGCUUGUGUUCCAGCAUGUGCCGUGGUGGUAGCUGACAUGGAGACCUUUCAAACCAACGAUUCAUUUCGCACUUGGACCAGAGUCAGAGUGCCGCCGAACAGCCUCACUGACGACGAGAGACACAAUGUGUCUGCUGUGACCGUAUUCUACACUAGAAUUUAUUUUUUAAUAAAUGGUGUCCUUUAUGUAAAAAGUUCUAUGGCAUUCACAAGACUGGGAACCAGAGAAAACCUUCCUGAAAGUGGAAUUGUUGGCAUUGAGUCAAGAAAAUGGUGUUGGGCCAACUAUUUAUCGAAGACCAAUAAAAAAAGAAGUAUCAUGAUAGUCUGGACAACAAAUGAAGUUUAUCUUGGAUAUCCUGAACUUAAAUUCAUCAAAAUAAUGACUACUGAAAAACUGGGGAAAAUUAUAAAUAUACCCCCAACUGUGACUUUGACUAUACACAAUGCGGGCUAUACAGGACACCCUUUGGAACUUGGCUUGUUAUUAAAUUACUGCACUACAUGUAAUGUCACUAAAAGGAUUUACCUCGUGACAUACAAUGAAGACACAGAACAGUGGGUACUCCAAGACUUUGUGUUAACUGUCCCAGCUGACAGUUUUCUAAUGCUGCGUUUUCUAUAUUCAGCAAUGCCAGAAUUAAUACUAUGGGACAAACACAGGAUCUACUAUUGUUACAACAAUUUCACUAAUAAUGGAGUUGUACAAACACCAACAACAUUUGGAAAUCUAUCAGGAUUAUCACAUGGCAGUAUUAUUCAUGAUGUUUUCGUAGAUUAUUAUGGAAAUAUUGUGGUAAAAAUGGAAAAUAAUAUAAUGUUUUUUUUCAAGAUUAAUAUUAAAGAUGCGGUAAAGCUACACCUAUGGGUAAAUAGCACAACAAAAUCGCUCAUUUUCAUGAAUGCAUCUGGUCAAGGAUAUCUCGUGUAUGUUUCUGGAAGUGGCACAAUAUCCCCACAAAAAUAUCCCAUAAAUCUGGAAGCACAGAGUAUAGCUUUAAAAACAAAAGAAAAAUGCCCUUUUGUGGCAUUUACUACUAAUAUUUUAUUUGUUUUUAACAUUUUGGACAAGGGACAGAACCUGACAGUUUGGGCUCAAAUAGUCUACCCGGAAAAUAUUGGUCUGUAUAUUAUUGUGGAAUCAUAUGGCCCAAAAAUAUUAAAAAUGAAACAACAGGUUCAGUAUGAAAUUGUCUUAGGAUACUGCACUAAAACCAUGACCACAACAUUUUAUCAGGAUGUAAAUUAUGAGGCAGUCAAUGAUUACUUCAACUUGCAAGACGAGAAGACGGGCCUUCUGCUUAUUCAGCUUAGGCCGAGUGAAUAUGCAAAAACAUGUCCAAUAUCCCCAAAGGUGUUCGCAAUAGCUGUUGGCUGUGAUCGUAGUAAAUACAUUGCUGUGAAAGGAUUUACCAAAAGAUGUACCCCACGUGAUUUCUAUUACAUUAUCGAAAAAUCAUAUCUGAGAAAUCGACCAUCUAAAAACUUGAGAGUACAGUAUAACUGGCAAAUAUAUGGCUGCCCAUUGAGACUUGAUUUUAGAGAAAAGUUUCACCCUUUGAUUGAAUUAUACAACAACGAGGGUUUUGUAGAAGAGGUUAAAGCCAACUUCAUCGUGUGGGAAAUACACGGCAGGGACGACUACAGCUUCAACACCACGAUGAAGAAGACUGGUUGCUUACAUGAAGCCCAGACGUGGAGGUCGAUGACGGAGCUGAACAAGGACCUCCCAUUAGAAAAAGUCUGGGGACCUGAGAACUAUAGGCACUGCUUUUCUUAUGCUAUUGGAAAGCCGGGAGACUUGAAUCAACCAUAUGAGAUUAUUAACAAGUCUAACUACAAUCACUUAGUGUGGCCCAUGUACCACACUGGAAUGUAUGUGUUUCAAGUGAAGAUCCUGGAUCCAAACUAUAGUUUCUGUAACCUCACAGCUAUAUUCGCAAUCGAGGUCUACGGCGUGAUUCCCAGUCCAAGCGGCUACCUGGUUGCUUCUUUCCUCUUCUUCCUGAUGCUGCUGUUCUUCAGUAUUCUGGUUUUGAGCUACUUCCAUUAUAUGAGGAUUUAUAAACAAUAUCUUUUUGAACCACAGUACAAAAUGCGAAGAAAACAAAAGAAUAGUUAG